AUGGAGGCUGCCAUGUCUGCAGUUGUAGGCGAACUUGUGAUCCGUUUCAUCUCCUUGGUGCUGAAAAAGUACCACUCCUCCAACCAUGCACAAUCAGAGGAGAAGAUGGUGGAGAGGUUGCAGCAUCUCCUGAUGAGAGUUUGCACCAUCGUCAAGGAGGUGGACACGCGAUACAUAACCAACUCCGGGAUGAUGAUGCAGCUCAAGACGCUAUCAGAAGCUAUGUACCGAGGAUAUAGUGUGUUGGACAACUCAAGGUACCGAGCCCUGCAAGAAGGUGCAGGCUUCAACGAGGUUAGCAGCAAUGACUCAUCUAGCAGUAGACUGUAUUUAGCCAAGCGUUCACGAACAACUGAUAAGGCUACACGCCUCGAGUUACACGGUGCCUUGGAAAGUUUAGAAAUUGCUGUUGCUAACAUGGCCGAAUUUGUUGUGCUUUUGGGUGGAUGCGAGCGCAUAUCUCAUAGGCCAUAUGACGUCUAUAUGUACACAGAAAACUUCAUGUUGAGCCGACACGCUGAAAAGCAAAAGCUCUUGAGCUUAUUGUUGGAGCACAACAACCCUCCUGGUGAUCAUGCAAUAGCAGUUCGUCCAAUCAUAGGUGGUGCAGCAAUUGGGAAGAAAACUUUGGUUGCUCAUGUGUGCGGUGACGAAAGGGUUCGCUCACGCUUUCCCUCUAUUUUGCACUUGAAUGGAGAUACCAUUUUGACAAUACUUGACCAUGGAAGGACCAUGGAAGAGAUGAUGUUGGUAGUUAUUGAGUUUACUUCUGAUGUAGGUGAUGAUGAUUGGAAAAAGUUUCACUCAUUUGUCAUAAAAAUGGGUAGAGGAAGCAAGAUCAUCAUCGUAAGUCAACUUAAAAGAUUAGCCCGGUUUGGAUCGGUGCAACCGAUUUUCCUAGGUGUCAUGUCUUACGAUGAGUUGAGGUAUCUUUUCAAGACACUGGUAUUCAGGAGUGUAGGCCCUGCAGAACAUCCACGGCUAGUACAAAUAGCAGAUGAGUUUGCCAAGCUAUUGUGGAACAUGAAUGGUUCACUUGUUGCAACAAAUUCGUAUGCGGAUGUGUUGAGACGGGAUCUCGAUAUUCAGUUUUGGCGUUGCAUAUUGGGCAAGGGGUCAAGAAUGGUUAGAAGAAACCUCUCCAUAUAUGACGUGCACCUAAACACACUCAUACACCAAGGUCACCCAGUGGACAUAACGGACUUUGCUUUGCACCCACUUAGCAUGACACCUUAUAGUGUUAAUGUCUCAAUCAAGAAGGAAUUGCCAAGUGUGACAUUUGGGGAUCUUAUAACAGACCCGAGUGUUAGGCCGAAAGGAGACUUCACUCUAAUCGCAUGGGAAUCAAGGAUACCCCCUUAUAAAUCAUUUCCUAAUUUUGUUACAAGUCAUGCUCAGGACACACAUCAAGGUAGUGCCUUGCCAGGAAGGAAGCGACAAGGAGAGCCAAUCUAG